CAACUUCUUUCGCAACCUGUCCUUGAUAUCUGAUAAGUUUCCAAAGCUGAACUCUUUCUGACAGUAGAAUUGGAAACCAUAAAGGACAAAAUGAAUAUCCCCUCGACCCAAACCGCAGCUGUCCUUCCCCCAACCGGAGCCUCUCCCACAGCGCACCUCCAAAUCCGACAUGACCACCCCGUACCAUCGCCGAUGGAAGGGGAGAUCCUCGUUAAGCUGGAAUACUCGGGGGUAUGUCACUCAGAUUUGCACAGUGUGCGUGGAGAGACGCCCAUGUUGACUGACGUUGCGGGCCAUGAAGGCGUGGGGAAAGUGGUGAAAGUGGGCAGCGGACUUGACGAGCAAGACUGGUUGGGGAAGAGAGUGGGGAUACGCUGGCUGUAUAGUUCCUGUCUGGAAUGUGAGAUAUGCGCCAUCAAUAAUACGGCGUGCUCAUACCAGAAGAAUGCCGGAGCAAAUGUCCCCGGCACUUUUCAGCAAUAUAUCGUGAGCCCUGCAAACCAUGUCACCAGAAUUCCUUCCGAGCUGGAGCCAGAUGUCGCUGCUCCCCUAUUGUGUGCUGGAAUCGCCAUGUAUUCUUCGAUACUGAAGACCAAGACUCGACCGGGCGACUGGAUCGUGCUCCCGGGCGCAGGCGGCGGGUUAGGCCACAUGGGCAUCCAGAUCGCCAUCAAAAAGGGACUCAGAGUUAUUGCAAUCGAUAGCGGCGAGAAGAAGAAGCAACUCUGUCUCACCCACGGAGCUACCAGUUUUCUAGACUACAGGACGAACGACAUCGAGCGUGAAGUCAAAGCCUUGACGUCCGGACUAGGCGCACACGCCGUGAUAUGUACUGCCAAUAGCGAACAGGCGUACAUCCAAAGUAUGAGCUUGCUGCGUCGUCUGGGGGUUUUGGUCUGUGUGGGCAUCCCGAAUGUACCCUUCCGGCUCCCUGCUACGCCUCUUGAGAUGAUUGUCAAAGGGCUCACAAUAGUAGGUAAUUCGGCUGGCACCGCGAAGGAAAUGGACGAGUUGAUGGAGAUGGCUGUCGCAGGGGAUGUCAAAGCGCAUAUUGAGGUAUAUGAGCUGGACCAUAUAGAUGAGGUCCUCGAGCGGUUGGGGCGCUCGGAAAUAGAUGGACGAGCUGUUGUGCGGAUUCCUUAA